AUGAGGCGCAUUCUGUUUGGAUACGACGGACUGCGAUCAGGACUGAAUGGUGGUCGCAGACAACGUCGGGUUCCAGUGAACGAAGGUCUUAAAACAAAGACGAUACAUAGACGCCAAACCCGCGUGGGUUGCAGAGAUAGCUUCCGCAGUCGGACCGACGCAUUAUAUACCCCGAUACCAUUGAAUGUUCCCACUAAGAACGCUCAACCAGUCAUGACACUGUUCGCUCCGUGUAUUGCAUUUUAUGUGCUCUGUGCUUCAGCAUUGGCUAAAAGUCAGCAGACUUCCUUUUCAGGCGAUACGAAGCAACUUGAACAUAAUGGCGCAUCUGGUGUUCGAACACUGCAACUCUCUUCAAUUCUGGCUGAUACCUUUACAACCUUUUCCCAUCCUGCAUUUCCAGGAAGAAACGCAAGGAUCAAGAAGUCAGACUUUUGUGAUGGUGGUGUUGCUGCAUAUACUGGCUAUAUUGAUGUUGGCCCGAAACAUUUCUUUUUCUAUUUCUUUGAGAGCAGAAGCAAUCCUGAUGAAGAUGAUGUCCUUCUCUGGACGAACGGCGGACCAGGUGGCUCCUCCGCCAUGGGUCUCUUUGUGGAACUUGGACCAUGUCGAAUUGCUAGUCCCAACGGCACAAAAUACAAUCCAUACUCCUGGAACACGAAUGCGAAUAUUUUCUUCAUUGACCAACCUAUUGGAACCGGUUUUUCGUAUAAUGACCUUGGAGACAUAGUUUCAACGACAGAGGACGCUGCACAAGAUAUUGCUGCUUUCAUGGCCAUGUUCUUCGAGACAUUCGAUAAAUUCAAGGGCAGGAACUUCCACUUGACUGGAGAAUCCUACGGUGGACGUUAUCUUCCGGUUUUCGGAGCCGCCGUUUAUGACCAGAACUCCGUGCUUAUUGAGAAAGGCUUCGAGCCGAUUAACCUCAGAUCAAUUAUGAUAGGGAAUGGGGUGACUGAUUGGUUCACGGUUGUACGCUCGUAUUACGAUAUGCAAUGCACGAAUGCGGGUAUCGGGCCUCUCCAGCCCAUUUCGACAUGCGUUCGCAUGAAACAAGGCCUUCCCCGCUGUUCGAAACGACUAAAGGAAGCCUGUAUCGUUCACUACGACUUAAUUGACUGCACUGCCGCGUUCGCAUUUUGCGGAACUGAGCUUGCAUUCCCUUAUGAUAGGACAGGGUACAAUCUUUUCGACAUGACAAUGAAAUGCGAUGCCUUGGAUUGUUACCCAGAAGAAAAGGAUUUGACUGCUUACCUGAACAAUGCAACCACUCAAAAAGCACUUGGAGUCGACAAGAGAAGGAAUUUCUCAACCCGUGCUUGGGACGUCAAUGCAGCCUUCUGGGCUGCCGGCGACGAAACGCACGACUCGAAGCAAUAUGUCGUAGAGUUGCUUGCACGUGGUGUCAAGGUGCUCAUAUAUGCGGGGACAUACGAUUUCAUCGCAAACUGGUUAGGUAACGAAUGGUGGACGCUGGACUUGGACUGGCCUGGUCGAUCUGAAUUCUCAAGCAUUCCUCUGCGGGAGUGGUUUGUGGGUGGUAGCCCUGCAGGUAAGACGCGCGCAUAUGGAAACUUUUCCUUUGCUACAAUAUAUGCAGCUGGCCAUCUUGCACCACAUGAUAAACCUGUGGAAUCACUGGCAAUGUUGCAAUGUUGGCUAGCAGACAAGCAUCUCUGA